GCAACUCCAGACCACCCUGUAUAAUCCCAAUGCCAUCUACAGAAUACAACAUCCCAUAUUUGAAGGAACUGAUUGGUUCAAGCACCUUUAUUUAUAUCAGACCAAUGAAGAGUGUAAUAUCCAUGAAAAAGUUGGAUACCAUCUGUUUCACCGACAACUGAAUGCGCCUGACGUAAAGAGAGAGUACCUUCGCCAGCAUAACUUAGAAUGCGAACCCAUCACCAUAGACACCAGUGACAGUGACGUUUCCCAGAAACCCAUUACCAUUGACAUUGGUGAAAGUGAAGAGGAACAGGAGUUUAUCCCUAAUGAAGGUGUACCAGUUCUAGAUGAAGGUCCCUCAAAAAUAACCUGGUCUACACAGUAGAUGAUAGCGCCCAUUUGGUGGUGGAAGUGACGUCAGCAUUUUAGGGAUAAGUGUGAUGUCAUUUUUGGAACAUUUGUUGCAUGAACAUUUGUUGCGUGAUCUUUUGGAAUAAUACAGAGAUGGCGUCAGCAAAGUGUAUAAAAAACGGGAGUUUUAUAUUUACUUUUCAAUGGAAAGUUUAUGUGAUACGUUUGCUGCAAUGAGUUAUUCCUCUGAAGGUGCCAAAAGACUUGGUUGUGGAUGAAGUAUCUUAUGAAGUGAAGAAUGUUUGUGAUUUGAUGAAUGCAGUGUUUUUAGAAGUGGCUGUUUGUGAAAAUCGAAGAUUAUUGAAGGAGAAAUGUCCCAGCUGCGAAAUCAACCAUCCGAGUCAGUGGAGACAUGAGUGUAUUAUGUUGUCAGACGAGGAGGGAUGGUUAUCGCAUGGUUUGGAGGCAGUGGAGCACGUGAUUGAGCGUGGAAUUUUGAGGAAACAGUUUCUUGAAGUUAUUCGAGUGAUGAAAUUGGAAUAUUAUGGGCGUGCAAAGGAACAUUAUGUGAACUUGACGAAUGCUUGUGAAGUAACACUUGAUUUUUUGGGGAAUUUGAGAGGUUUUUCUGAUUAUCAACCCAUUUUGAACUACCUAAUGUAUUGGAGAGAGGAACAUUGUGCAUAA